UUUAGCCUACACCACCGAUUACCAGCGAAACGAAGCGGGAUUGGAGUGUGUGGUCGACUUGUUCAAAGCCAAGUGUAUCCGAACGGAGAGACCUGGACGAAUAUUCAUUGAAAUCAAACGGUGAUCUCAUAUUGGAUGAGAGCCGUAUGAUAUGUAGGAUAGACCUAACGGUUGGUUCUGUCUGCAAACUGCAGCAAUGACCACCACAACCACCACUAUACCUGCGAGGGGUCAAGGACUUGGCAGGUGUGUUACCUGUGGAGCGCGUGGAGGUAGCUAGCAAAUGUGCCGAUCAGUCACCCACACCUCUUUGCCUGUGUGUCUAGUUUAACCCCACAUGGAUGGAUGCUAUCCCGUUGGAACACAAAGACCUUCAGCAUGGUGAGCAUGCCUGCCUCUCGGAGCCCACACCUUGCCGGUGCCCUCGCCACAGCUUCGCCCUGAGCCCCUGGCUCCACCUGAAACCGUCAUUCGGUCAGCCUAUUCUAACCGGAGCACCAUGGUGAGACGAGCAACCACUCGGUAAUCUUCCAGAGGACCCCGAUUCAACUCUCAUUCUUCCCCAGUCUUUGUUGUAUACAUUUUGUCUGCCUGCGCUCUGGGUUUCCUUUGUAACACAGGGUUUACGCAGAGCCGAGUGGACAGGGCAGCAGAGCUCCAGGGGUUUGGCAGUUCUUUGUUGUCGAGAUGGCAGCGGGACCAGAGCGGCCGGUGUCAGAGGCACAGGAGCGGGACCAACCGCCAAUUGAUAACGGCUUCGUGUCGCUGGAGCAGACACAGGCCCCCAGGCUGCUGCCGCACGUCGACGGCUCAAUUCUACCGUCUCUCGGGGGGUUUGGGAAACACCAAAAGCAGCUCGUGAUCCUGACGUGGAUACCGGCUUUAUUUAUCGGAUUUAGCCAGUUUUCGGAUUAUUUCCUUUUGGCCCAACCGAACGGCACGUGCGUACAGCCUCUGGUCAACGGGAGUAAUUGGACCAUGGGAUCUUUAACGUUACCGGUGACCGUAACGAAUGGUGGCAUUGGUACACCCGUGCCUUACCUCCCCCUAGACAAUGGCACAAGAGACGGUGUCGGUGACAGCGGUGGCAUGCAAUGCGAGUGUAAGGAGUGGAAGCUCGAACUGCAGACUGGACUCAGUCAGAACGUGGUAACCAAGUGGAACCUGGUGUGUGAUUCGGCCUGGAAAGUUCACAUCGCCAAGUUCUCUCUCUUAGUGGGAUCUAUCUUCGGCUACCUGGUGAUGGGCAUCCUGGCCGACUGGUUCGGUCGACACCCUGUCCUGAUAGUCUCGGUGCUGUUCAUGUUGGUGUUUGGUUUGAGUGUAGCGUUCUCCUUCAACAUGACCAUGUUCAGCACAUUACGUUUCUUUGAGGGCUUCUGUCUGGCUGGCCUCACUCUCUCCCUCUACAUACUGAGUAAGUACACCUCCACUUCCUGGUAUCUACUUAUGUUGUCUGUCAAAGACUGCCCAGGAAGCACAAUACAUGGUCUUUCUAGAACGUAGGGCUCUACUCCACAAACUUCCUUUUCCUCUUCCCCCACAUCACUCCACCUCGAAGGUAGUACCUCACUUCUCUCUCACUCAGCUUUUUCACACUAUUCCUUCACCUCUCUCCACUCAACAAACCUUCUCUGGUGUGUUGCUAGUCGUCCUUGGAUGAUGAUGUGUAUCCUCCUCUCUGUCACGUUGUCACCAGACUCACC